AUGGAGAAGGGAUACAGCACAGUCACCUUCGACGGAACGCCCAGCUACGGCCACACGCCCUCGCACCACGCGGCGCAGUUCCCCAACCACUCCUUCAAGCACGAGGACCCCAUGGGCCAGCAGGGCUCGCUGGGCGAGCAGCAGUACUCCGUGCCACCCCCAGUCUACGGCUGCCACACCCCCACCGACAGCUGCACAGGCAGCCAGGCCCUGCUGCUGAGGACGCCCUACAGCAGUGACAAUUUAUACCAGAUGACCUCCCAGCUUGAAUGCAUGACCUGGAAUCAGAUGAACUUAGGAGCCACAUUGAAGGGAGUUGCUGCUGGGAGCUCCAGCUCAGUGAAAUGGACAGAAGGGCAGAGCAACCACGGCACGGGGUAUGAGAGCGAUAACCACACCACGCCCAUCCUCUGUGGUGCCCAGUACAGAAUACACACCCACGGCGUCUUCAGGGGCAUUCAGGACGUGCGGCGUGUGCCCGGAGUAGCCCCAACGCUCGUCCGGUCAGCAUCUGAGACCAGUGAGAAACGCCCCUUCAUGUGUGCUUACCCGGGCUGCAAUAAGAGAUAUUUUAAGCUGUCUCACUUACAGAUGCACAGCCGGAAGCACACUGGUGAGAAACCAUACCAGUGUGACUUCAAGGACUGUGAGCGAAGGUUUUCUCGUUCAGACCAGCUCAAAAGACACCAAAGGAGACACACAGGUGUGAAACCAUUCCAGUGUAAAACUUGUCAGCGAAAGUUCUCCCGGUCCGACCACCUGAAGACCCACACCAGGACUCAUACAGGUGAAAAGCCCUUCAGCUGUCGGUGGCCCAGUUGUCAGAAAAAGUUUGCCCGGUCAGACGAAUUGGUCCGCCAUCACAACAUGCACCAGAGAAACAUGACCAAACUCCAGCUGGCACUCUGAGAGGUCCAACCCGGAGACAGUUCUGUGUCCCAGGCAGGACAGUGUGGGAACUACUUCAAAUAUGACUUUGAAAUUCCUCCUCACUCACCUCUCUAAGAAGGAAAUGGCAGUUCAUCUUCUUCAUGCAGCUUCCAAGACAAGAUGCGUGUACUACUGGAUCCUACCGGCUUUGCCCGGAGAAGGUGGCCUCUGUUUUGCCAACCUGUAGUUGACUCACAAGGCCCUGGAGAAGUGGCUGACAGCGUCUGGUUCCUUAAAAGCCUGUCGCCGUUUGGUCUGGAUUUUCCAGUGUAAGAAGAGCCAUUGUUGAUAAUGUUCCCCCACCCUCUUCUUC